AUGGAGGAGGCUUCAGGCGGCGCCGUUCCCGGCCGGCGGGAAAGGCAGCAGAUUUCCGUUCCUUUUUGCUGGGAAGACGUGCCAGGUCGGCCCAAGAGAGAAUGGCGAGUCAACUCGCCGCCCGCUCUUCUGCCCCCUGCGCGCAGAAACUACAAUCCCUUCGUGGAUGACGGGGAAGAGGACGACUUUCUCGGGCUCAAUGCUGAAGCUCCCUCCUCCUCCAGCGCAGGUGCGACGGGGAAGAGCCCCUCUCUCUCUCUCUCUCUCUCUCUCUCUCUCUCUCUCCACUGACGUCGGGUUCCCGUCGCAGAAAGCUCGGAGACGAUUGAGAUCGCCAGCGAGGAGAACUCCGGAGAUUGGGCGGCCUGGCAGUGGGACUCCGGCGAGGAAGAAGACGUUGGCGGUGGCGGUGGCGGCGCCGAAGAUGUUUCCAUUCUGGAGUUCCUUUUCCCGCUGUCGAGCCCUGAGGUGAGCUUCCUCCACGAGAUGUGCUUCAACGAGGGACUUAACCCCGGCAACGCCGCGUCCAAGAGGCCCCCCACCCUCGGAGAGCUGAUCCUGCUGAACCGCCGCCUGAGUUGCUGUGGUAGGCGGAACCCCGCCACCAAAAAUCCGGUCUGUUCUCUCUCUCUUCUCUCUCUCUCUAACUCACACACCCACAGAGUAAUCCACAAGAGAAAUUAAGAAAAAUAGAGAAUAAUAUACCUCUAGAAACACCGGAUCCUAGUAGGUCAAGGACGAAGCCGGAAAUUCCUCGCGCUGACCAAGUUUGACUUUUCCAGGGAUGUGAGUCAACACCACCAUUCACGAAUUAAUCAAUUCUAAAAUGAGUAGGGAAAAUAAAAUCCGAGUCUUUUUGGAGCUUUCUUUCUCGACAAAGAAUAAUAUGGAAGAUUAUAUACCAUAGAAUUUACAUAAAUGGACUCGAAAAAAAGCUACAGAUGACACACCCCAAGGACGCAUCAGACAGCCAGGGUCUGAUGUUCUCGGUCAACGCCAGAAAAGGGAGAGAAAUCCUAAAGCCAGAGUGCCUACAGACCACUAAACCUUCCAUUAUAGGGAAAAGAAUAUACUGAUAAUAUUUAACAGCCAUAGCAGUGGUGGCAUUUUUGGCAAAUACUAAUCACGGUCCAGUCGGCAACAUGUUUUACCUUCCACAGAGACGUCGGCGGGGAUUCAUAAGGAAGAAGGUGCAGCUGUGCGGCCUCUUCGGGACUGGAGUCAACCGCAGGAUCACUCAGGAUGUGCGCUAUGGAUGA